UAUGCAGUUAAUGCAGGGUAAGGUACCGCACCACGUAUAUGCCUACAAUGAUCUUUCAAAACCUUUCCGAUGUUGGAAAAAAAAAUCCAGCAGGAAUAAAUCGGUUUAGUGGACAGAAUUAGAGGGGUAGGGUUUGGAGCCAGAGUAGGAUUAAGGAAAAUUGUGUGAAAUAAAAAGCGAGUGAUCACGAGUGACUCUGUUCGUGUCUGUUUCUGGAGGGAGGGAGGAGAAAGAGAGAGAGAUUUUCAUCCAAAUCCAUAUCUAUUUUUUAAAUCCUCGUCUGUGCGUAAACGCUAGUUGCAUCCUUCGCAAGGAGACUAUUUCACAAUGCAACGCUUUUAAUCAUCUUUACGCAAUCCUCACCGUUUUGAGUGCGCAUUGUUUUUAAACUUCAAAUUCUCCCUCGGACACUUGGACAGCAUCAUGACCAGUUUGUGGGAUCGCAUCCCUUUGGAAUGGUGGGAAUUACGAGGCGAGCUGCCGGAGAGCAUGUAAACGCAAAUGGAGUUUGGGAUUUAUUGCAAAAUAUGGGAAAGAUGACCGUCUUGCCUUUGUGUUUCCUCUUGUGCGCUGAUUUACUGCAAGUAGCUGUUGGAUAUCUGACGGUAACGAUAGAGCCAUUGCUGCCAGUUGUUGUGGGAGAUACAGUGACUCUAAAGUGCAACUUCAAAACAGAUGGAAGAUUGCGAGAGAUUGUUUGGUACAGGGUUACUGAUGGAGGCACUAUUAAGCAGAAGAUUUUUACGUACGAUGCUAUGUUCAAUACCAAUUACUCCCAUAUGGAGGAUUACCGGAGACGGGAAGACCUGGUGUAUCAAUCAACGGUCCGGCUUCCAGAGGUCCGGAUCUCAGACAACGGACCUUACGAAUGCCAUGUAGGAAUCUAUGACCGAGCAACACGGGAGAAGGUCGUCCUGGCAUCAGGGAACGUUUUUCUUACGGUCAUGUCUCCACCCAACAACAUCUCAGUUGUGGCAGAGAACACGCCAGCACCUUUCAGCCGCUACCAGGCCCAGAAUCUUACUCUGGUCUGCACUGCCAAAGGAGGCAAACCAGCACCAUCGGUAUAUUUCAAGCGGGAUGGAGAGUUGAUAGAGGUGAUCUCCUACGUUUCACCCACCGUUGGUUACGAGGGCGGUGGCUUGGCUGGCGUGCGUGGAGCCAGACCGCUGAUCAGCAGAGAUCUGGACGACACUAAGCUGAGGAAGUCUCUAUCUCUGCUGGGUCCGGAAGGCAGGCCCGGACGCCUCUACACAGAGAGCCCUGGGAGGAGCUACAUGGCCAGACAGCCCGGUCAAGAGCCCAGCCCGGCCACAGAGACCAUCCCAGAGACAGUAGUCAGCCGAGAGUUCCCACGGUGGGUUCAGAGCACAGAACCCCUGUAUUUCUUCAGCAACAUGCAAAUCCCCCAGAGCGAUGGGUCUGUGCUGGUCCAGGCCAAGCUCACCUGGACUCUGAAUCCGCAGCUGGAUAAUGACGCCCUGUUUAGCUGCGAGGUCACCCACCCUGCUCUCUCCAUGCCUAUGCAGACUGAGGUCAUACUGGCGGCUCCUAAAGGCCCCAAGCUUUCAAUAACCCCUGCCAGGGCAAAGGUAGGGGAUACGGUUCGCAUCACCGUCCAAGGUUUCCAGGUAGGAUCUCCAGUGAAUGAGGUGUUUCCUGAGCCUCUGUUCACCUGGACGCGGGUAGGCAGCAGAUUGCUCGACGACAGUGCUGAGAGAGAUGGGAAGGAACUGGUGUUAGAGCGAGUGCCUGCAGAACUCAAUGGCUCCAUGUACCGCUGCACGGCCCAGAAUCCACUGGGCUCUACUGACACACACAUACGCCUCAUUGUUUUUGAAAACCCGAUGAAAAACACACAGAAUCCGACCAAUGGAGCUCCUGGUUUGCACAAGCUUGGACUGAUAUUCCUGCCACUUAUUCUCACAGUGACUGUUGAACUGACGUGAAUAUCCUCGAUUCAGCUGCACGCAAAUACACCUCCUCUACAGUCAGGCCCACACACACUCACACACUCACUCACACCUACCUUGCUUUCAUCUGUGGGAGAACCUGAACCCCCAGCAGGAAGCACACCACCCUUUUUUGUGAAACA